GGCCGGCCGCCUGCUCCCCCAGCCAGUCGGUGGGUCUGGGCACUGCAGCAGCCUCGGCUCCCGUCCAGCACUUGUCUGGGAGAAAAGUGGUGGACUCGCCCAGAGAGACUCUUUCCACCUUCCUUCUCUCUCGAUCGCUCUGUGUGCUUUCGUGUUUCUUUCUUUCUUUUUUUUUUUUUACUUAAUUAUAUUCCUAAUCCUGGAUGAAGUUGCUGGAUUCUGCAGCACAAGUCUUCAUGACCGAGCAGCACCGCUCAGAGAUUUCACGGCAUUCAAAGGUCACAGAACUGCCACUAUGGUUAAAUGUCUUGUUUAAUGGUUGAGAGGUGUGGCGAAAUCUUGUUUGAAAACCCUGAUCAGAAUGUCAAAUGUGUUUGCAUGCUAGGAGAUGUGCGACUGAGGGGUCAGACGGGGGUUCCUGCCGAACGCCGCGGCUCCUACCCAUUCAUUGACUUCCGCCUCCUCAACAAUACAACACACUCAGGGGAAAUCGGCACCAAGAAAAAGGUGAAAAGACUGUUAAGCUUUCAAAGAUACUUCCAUGCAUCGAGGCUGCUUCGUGGAAUUAUACCCCAAGCCCCUCUCCACCUGCUGGAUGAAGACUACCUUGGACAAGCCAGGCACAUGCUCUCCAAAGUGGGAAUGUGGGAUUUUGACAUUUUCCUGUUUGAUCGCUUGACAAAUGGAAACAGCCUGGUAACACUGCUGUGCCACCUCUUCAACACCCAUGGCCUCAUUCACCAUUUCAAGUUAGACAUGGUGACUUUGCACAGGUUUUUAGUCAUGGUUCAAGAAGAUUACCACAGCCAAAAUCCAUAUCACAAUGCUGUCCACGCGGCCGAUGUCACCCAGGCCAUGCACUGCUACCUGAAGGAGCCAAAGCUCGCCAGCUUCCUGACACCUCUGGACAUCAUGCUCGGACUGCUGGCUGCGGCCGCACACGAUGUUGACCACCCAGGGGUGAACCAGCCAUUUUUGAUCAAAACUAACCACCACCUCGCCAACCUGUAUCAGAACAUGUCCGUGCUGGAGAAUCACCACUGGCGAUCUACAAUUGGCAUGCUUCGAGAAUCAAGGCUUCUUGCUCACUUGCCAAAGGAAAUGACACAGGAUAUCGAACAGCAGCUGGGCUCCCUGAUCUUGGCAACAGACAUCAACAGGCAGAACGAGUUUCUGACCCGACUGAGAACUCACCUCCACGAUAAAGAUUUAAGACUGGAGGAUGGACACGACAGGCACUUUAUGCUCCAGAUUGCCUUGAAGUGUGCUGACAUCUGCAAUCCGUGUCGAGUCUGGGAGAUGAGCAAGCAGUGGAGCGAAAGAGUCUGUGAGGAAUUCUACAGGCAAGGUGACCUUGAACAGAAAUUUGAACUGGAAAUCAGUCCUCUCUGUAAUCAACAGAAAGAUUCAAUCCCUAGUAUACAAAUUGGUUUCAUGACCUACAUCGUGGAGCCACUCUUCCAGGAGUGGGCCCGCUUCACCGGACACAGCGCCCUGUCGGAGAACAUGCUCGGCCAUCUUGCACACAACAAAGCCCAGUGGAAGAGCCUGUUGCCCAAGCCGCACAGAGGCAGCGGCGGUGGGGGGGGCGGGGGCAGCCCGGACCUCGCAGGCCAAGGGACUGAGAAGGAGGAGCAGACUGUGACCACAGGUGACACCCCCUAGUGCCAGCCAGGCCUGCCCCCGGCUCUGCACACUGAGACUGGGAACCUCCUCGAGCAGAGGCCCCCUGGGAGGGGAGAAACCCUGAGGGGUUCUUGCCAUGAACCCAGCCACUCUCUGGGUCUCCUCCUGGGCCCUUUGGAAUGCCGCCCUCCUCAUACCUACCUGCCUCCCUCCUUUGUCCAAGUGUACAGAAGCCAUUCGCCACCUCAGUCGCCACCUCAGCAUUAGCUGCCGAUUGAGCAAGUCCAUCCAGUGACGUGGGAGCUGACCCCAGGGGCAGGCUCGCCCCACCAGGAGGAGAUCAGGGAGUAGGAGAGGGGUGCUGCUGCCGUGUCCCCCACGGCCUGGGUCACACCGGGUCACCGCGGGACGGGCAGCAGCCCUCAGGCCAGAUCGUCCUAGCGUCUGCCGUCUGACUGCUGAUCUGCGUGACGAAAACACCAGCAUAUUUGGAACUCCAAGGAUAUUGGUCUUAAGUGCAAGAGCACAAUGAGAGUGUGAGAGAAAGUACCUUCUAUUUUAAUAAUAAUUAUUAUUAAAAAAAAUAAUAAAUCUUUUUAACUUUUCUAUUGUAUGCACUAGACAAUGGAUCUAAAACUCUGGACUAAGGUUACUCGGUGUACCCAAACCUGAACAGGGGGUUCAUUGUUUUGUUACUGACUUUAUGCCACUUUGGGGCAGAGCUCUGGCAUCUUCUCAGUUCCAGAAACCCCGUUUCCCACCCGAUCCGAGGGAAGGUGCUGUACAGUCCAUUCCUUUGCACCGUUAGCCAAUCUGUCUUUUACCAAUAACUCAGAUUCAGUGACAUGUUUCUAUUCACACAUGUACAUUUUCUGUAAAUACCAGGCGCUACUGAGUCCCGUGCCGAAAUACGUGAGUAUUGUGGGAUCGCUACCUGUAUCAACAAUGGCACUGUGAACAGAUACUGUUAGUUUUAAUACAAGAGAAUGCAUCUGUAAAUAUGGUAUAGAGUUUAUUAAUAUACGAUUGUUUGCAGAUAAAGGCCUUAACUUUAAACAUCUUUCAUCUUCUGAAAGCUGCCCAACUUUAAAUCCUCACAGAUUGUCCUUCUGAGCUGCCUUCCCAUGUCCAUCUUUCUGCUUUCCAGCUAAGGUCACAAACCAAAACUGAAUAAAGUCUUUCUUUGAGGAAAUAUUUUGGAAACUUCACAUGCAUUCCGCUUGAGACCAUAGUGUUUAACCUAUGGCACCAAGCAGCGUUUCCUCAGACUAAUGAGACCCUGCAGCCAGCUGGAACUCCCUUUUCAACACAGCGACGUUGCACACGGUUCUGACGAGUCAGCUGAUAAGCUCGUGUUUGUGUGACUCUUGUCAUCCAACGUGGCAGUGUGUCAACCUCGCAGGAGACGUAGCAGGUCUCACAAACCUUCUGUGACCGUGUCAUCUAACCGUCAGGGAGCUUCCUGUACCCCUACCCCACUUCCGUCUGCUAUGGCUACAGUACCAAAGCACCUUUGGCUUAUGGUUGGCGUGCAUUUCUUUGGUGUUAAUAGUAACUGGAUUUUUCUUUUUCCUUAAUUUCAUGUGAACAACUACCCAAGUGUUUAGCUGAAGUUAACAUUAUUUAAGUGAAGAAGAUAUUUCAGUUUUCUGACAGAAUUGGCCUUCCUGGCAGGUCGUUGUGGUCAAUUAUGGCUCCAGAGUCAACUUGGAAUUUUGUUGUCGUUAUUUCUGCAGACACUUGGCCAUAAAAUCAGUUUGUUACAGCAUGCUCCAGUCGGCUAAACUCUGUGCAUUCAACCUUUUCUUUA